GUGUCCACUGCAGCUUAAUAGUCUUGUCCGACUUCAAUCGUCCUGGUGCAAGAUAACACUCCCUUUCACAAGGGAAGGAGCAAGCUGAUUCCCACUAUUCAGCCACGAUUCAGCAGACCACCGUCGGAUACACCAAGACUAAGGCUGCCACCGACGACUUUUCCAUGUACCAAGUAUGGUUUUUUUCCAAGACCUUCGUGAAGUAACGAGUGUUGGAUCCUUCGCCCAACGCUCCCUUAAUGCACAGUAUCCAUCCCAUCAAAUCAGAUCACUUUAUAGCUCCAUGGUGAAUCCUCGAUCCCAUACAUUUGGUAAAGAAUAACGGAGGGAAAAACGAAGGCAGCGACGGAAGACACCAGACACAAAAUCGAUAGACGACAUACCGCAGAGGAUUGGUAGGAGCUCAUAAUCCAUGGAUUACACUGCGACCGCAAGGCAAAGAGUUUUGUAGAGACAAUGACCUUGGGUGACCCAGGAAGAAAUCAUCCACGUAUAAAGAACAACCUUCAUGCUUCUAUCAAGACAGCCGAGGAUGAUCCCCGUUUGUUAUUUAAGCUGACUUCUCUAAUCAGUGAAGCAGAGCCAACAGUGGGGGCUAUUUUUGCAUGAACACUGGUUUUUCUUGUAAAAUGCAUUCGGCCAAACAACCAGCCAACCACGUCACCAAACAGGAAAACAAGACAAAAAAUAAAACAGCUGAUAAUCUGUUGAUAAUCUGAUUUGAGCUACAGAUGAACAGUCUGCCAAAGGUUUAAUGGGUUGAUCUGGAGGUAAAUUACAGCCACGCUGCAAAGCCAAUGUGAUGCGACUCACCAUUGCAAAAUCCUGCCUUUGGAGCAGGUUGGAACCUUUUCUUUGCGAGAAUAAUGUGUUACUUCCUUAUAAAGUGAUCAUUAUCUGAUGAUGUGUCUUGCCGAUCACAACCCAUUGAUUGCGACUUUUUAAAAGAAACUUCAGAGGUCACAAACUUUAAAUUAAGGUCCUGUAAAGUGUAAUAUACUAAAUCUGUUGAUAUGCAUAAAUUACGGGCUGCACAAUCUCGGAUCCCAUGUGCAUGAAACAACACAACUGACCACGAAAAGGCUCUUCGACUCUGUUGAGGGUUAACAUACGCAAUGCGUCCCUGUUCACUAAAGCGAUGUGCUCGUGGGAGUAUGGUGUCCUGUCUCCCACAGUUUCUUCUGGUGACUGGUCUCCUUGCAAUAUGGUUUGUGGCGACCGCAAUUUUUCCAUCUCACGAGCACUCACCCACGUCGCGUAGAAGGUAUUCCAUUAACAUGGAGAAAACCCAGAAGGAAGGGAGCAAACUCGAGACAUUAAUUCCCCAGGAUGAUGCCACAAAAGACAGUGAAACCUCUCCGAGAAAACCUCAAGAAACAAAAGGACUGACUGCAAGAACUCCCGUCUCGCCCUCAAAACCAAGAGCCACCGUCAGAUGGACAAACCUGUCUGACGACGGACUAGACAGGAAUUCAACUCCAUGUUGGAUUGAUGGAAUAUUCUGGAGUAAAUCAACCGAGGCAUCUCUGCAAAGAGAUCUUAUGCAAACCACUGCCACGGAUUUAGCAAAAAUGACCAGACAAACUCCAGUUCUUAGAUUGGUGCCCGGAUGUGGGCAUUCUCAAAACCGACUCUUGACCUUUCAAGAUGGCCGCCAAGUGUGUUGUCGCUACCGCAACAGCCUUGAUCUCAUACAGGGUGAAAUAUACGCUUACUCCCUGUCACAGGUCCUACAUAUCAGAAACCUUCCACCAACUGCAGUUGGCAUUAUAAAUGCCUCUGGCAAUCAGUGGGAUGCUGUGGGGACAAACAUGACCAUUGCUAAUUGGCUGGAUGGGCAUCAAGUCAUCUUCACUCAGUGGAUUCCAAAUCUGGUUCCUGCCUUUUUGCCCAAGAUCUUCCAGAAACCUGAAAGGCGUCUACAUCCCCUCGACACCCUCAGUGAAAGCAGGUCCCAGGUAUCCCAGCUUGCCCAGUGGUCAGACAUGAUUGUCUUGGACUACCUGACCGGGAACAUGGACAGAAUGGUGAACAUGUUCGUCAAUCAGCAAUGGAACAGUUUCAUUAUGGACAGUCCUGUUCACAACCUGGAGCGAUCAGUGGUGACCGGCCAGCUGUAUUUCCUUGACAACGAGCUGAGCUUCAUCCACAGCUACCGUCUCCUGGAGAGGUACGGCCACUUCCACAAGGAGAUGCUGGAGUCCCUGUGUGUGUUCAGACUGAGAACUGUGAACACAUUGACGAGACUUCACAGUGAAGGAAAUGUAUGGGAGAAGAUGUGGGAAUUAGCCGUUAGCUCAGAGUUGCUGGAAACUCAACAUUUACCCAAACUUUCUCGAAAAAAUGUAAACAUUCUGAAAUCCAGAGUGGCUGAUGUGCUGAAUCAAGUCAAGACUUGCCAACAGAUGUAUGCCAACAGACACAAUUUAACAAAAUGCCAUUGAAACAGCACCAAAACCAAAUUAUAAAAAGGCGGAACUUAAAUUUUUGGGAGAAAACUGGAAUUUCAUAGAGGGAAAUCAAUAACUUUCUAUGAAUAAAUUUAAAUUGUUUUGCACCUUUACCACUGGAAUUUGGCAUCCCUGGUUUUCACCAUGUUGACAGGAAAUUUUCAGAUAUUCACCUGUACCAAAUGAGACAGCCCCUGGUCUCAAUUGGGAUAAUAAGUUCAAGUCACAUCUGCGAAGUUUAUACGCGAAGGAGCCAUGCUGGUAUUGCUCAGAAGAGGGCGCACUCUAUGUAUAUGUGAAAAUUUGCUCGCUGCUGCAAUAUUUUUGCAGGCUGUACACAAACCGUUGAGAUGAAAGGUGAAAAUAACUCCUGCACAACAAACAAAUACAAUACAUCCCCCACUGUUACAACACAUUGAGAAACUGAGCGUAGGGAAUGCAGUCUAAAGUUAUGUGACAGCCUACAAACUGAAUAGUGCGAUAAAACUGAAUCACGUUCACUCGACUUUCUCGAACUUACC